CUUUUUCGGCACCAGCGUUAGAAACCCAUAAUGGCUCCUGUUAGAUCAACCAAGAAGCAGUCCGCUGCGAAAAUGCCGGCUUCAGGGAAAGGCGCUCUUCCCUCGACAAAGUCUAGUCUUUUCAAUGAUGAUUUUCGGACAUCUAAGAAAGACAAGCGUCAGAUUAAACAUGCUGCUCUAAUGUCCAAAAUAGAGAAGAACUCUCAAAAGACUACCAAACGUCGACGAGCGUCAAAGAAACUCGUUGCAAACCUUGAAUCGCUUGCCGAUGCCCUUCCAGAAACCGAGGUUGAAAUAAAUGAUCCCAGCAGUCAGGUGAAUGUCAUUAAACAGAAAACGCUGAAGCAUAAACCUGGCGCUAUGAAGCGUAGGCAGCGAUUGGAACAAACAGAAAGGGAUCGCUUUGCAAAGAACAUGGCACAGAUGUCGACAAUCGAGGCGACUACUACACCAAAUACAGCAUCGGACAACCAGGCAGGCUCUGUGUCGAACCGUUGGGCCGCAUUGCGCAGUUUUAUCUCGCAAACGAUGGAGCAGCAACCCGUGUUCAAGGCAACGAAGUGAAAGUCCCGGCCUCCAAGUAGUUCACUCACCCCCUCUUUGAGGAACCAAACUCAUAUGUCUCGACAACAAGCCCUCCUUGCCUACGUCAAAUCUACCGCCAGUAUUACUCGCAGCGACUGUACGUGGCAAGUAAUAGUGAUCUAACCGCUAAGACGGUAUGUUGAAUACGGUCCAGGAGUGUGUCACCUAAAUAUCGCUCCUCUUCUGUUUAUGGCGUUGGAGGCCUUCAAAAAGAGACCAUACGCGAUUUACUAGGCCGGGCUUAGACUCUUAUACCAGCUGCCAAGUUUAAGAAGUACGAUGGGAGCAAAGAAUGGAUACUAGGCCUACGCCGCAGAAUGUCGAUAUUCUUACUUCCAGAUGACCUAGGGCUUUGCAGUCUUUGCGGCUUCGUGGAAGUUUAAUGUCUUACACCGCUAGCAAACCCCCAUUUCAUAGAUUCCAAAUAAUGAACGAGAUACUUUAGA